AUUAACUAUAUAAUUAAUAUUAAUAAAUACAAUCGUGUAAAGUAAAUUUGUAAACUGGGUUGCCUACGCGUAAAUCUCUUCGUUUCGACACCAGCCGAUGUGUUGUUUUGGGGCGUCCAGUUUGUUUCUGCAGUGGCAACGAGUGGCGUGCGGUGCAGCUUUACCCGACAAAUCCGAACUACGGUCCAUUCGCAGCAUCCGCCAUAUUCUAAACAAACAUGGUCGGCCUGUGAUCGCGGGUAUUUGCGUUACGUUCUUCCCCCGUGACGACUUAUCUUAUCGGUGCUUUUGUGCUGUUCAUCGAUUCGAGUUAUCCAGAUUGCCGUUCGAACAGUAUUAUAAUGGCAGUUCCGACGACGACCAUAGAGACAGUGACGAUAAAACGUCCAUUAAAGGUCAUAGCAUUCAUAUGCGGCCUGAUAGUGAUAAUCCUGAUGAUAAUGGGUCUGGCAUCGACCGAUUGGCUGAUGGCGGCGGGAUGGAGACAGGGACUGUUCAUGCAUUGCAUCGAGGAGAACUCACCGCAACCCCUGCCGUUCAACACGCAAGACGGCCCCGGAUGCUACCAGUCAAGGGACGCAGCAUACAUAAAAGCGGCAGCCGCCCUCUGUGUCGUCACACUCCUGCUGGACUUGGUGGCCACGCUUCUCACAGGUUUGGGACUCAGAACGAAGGAGCAUCAUACCAAGUACAAAUAUUAUAGGUUCGCCGUCGUAGUCAUGGGACUUGCCCUGGCCGCAAUUCUCAUAGCACUCAUUAUCUACCCAGUGUGCUUUGCAGCUGAAUUAAACUUGGGUAACCGGACCAUAUGGGAAUUCGGUUGGGCCUACGGCGUCGGAUGGGGUGCUGCGAUCUUCCUGUUCGGCGGCGUGAUCCUGCUGAUGUGUGACAAGGAAAGUGAGGAGAUCUACUACAAGGAGAGGAAGAUCGUGCACGACAAUGACUCUCGUGCCUAGUGGCCACAUAGUCUGCCCGAUGUUGUACUCUGAUCCUAAGAGUCGUCAUCAAGUUGUCGCUUCUCUCAGAGAGUGUGCGCUGAACGAAAGGUUCGUGUGAAUGGCUAUGCCUGUUGUGUUUAAUUGGAUCCACGGAUCAAACUUAUUGUGUAACUGGUCAGUUUGAUGUUUCAUCGACAACUAGUUUUUGUUGUUUUUAGUUUUAUUAUUAUUUAUUCGGGAUUGUUAUUGUACAAACGUUAUGUUAGGAUGCGGCGUAAGCCCCGUUGACUUGCCGCUUUACGCAACAUGGAGAUGAAUAUGAACUUUGAGACUGAAUAGUUGUAUGGAUCCGAUAGGAGAUCUCGUUUAGACGUAAAAUCCACGGCCAAAGAAUAAACUGAAUCUCGACAUUACUGAAUUCCUGUUGGAGUUUUACGGCCUAAUUAUUUUACUUUUGACGCGGGCUGGGUUAAUUUCGACGAGCUGCCGACGUCGUUGGAAGCCACUCCUCCUCGGAUUACGUAAAGCGACAAAGCGACCACCAUGUACAACUUUAGUUUUUGCGUAUUAUUUAUUUUGUAAAAAAAAUUGCAAUCAAACUGAUUGGAUCUAUUAUUUCAUUUAAUUUGCUUGCCUGGUAUAAAAGCCAGAUAGCCGUUUUGUACUUGUUACCAUUUUUUAGAGGCGAAUCCUCACUGGUACCGUUCAAAUCGACAGAUUAUUUACGACGUUUUACAUUUUGGUUUACCAAUUUUAUUGUCGCGGCUGCGUAACUCCCGUCAGGGAUUUACGUAACCGGAGUUGUUACUGAUUAAGACUAAAAACGGUUUGGACGGUCUAAUUGGAUUUGCCAGAGCAUGAGUGAAUAGAACGACUGAGAGGCAACCCGGGCAGGCUAGAUGAUGUAUGGUAAAAUAAUAAAGACUUAUAAUUAAUUUACAGCGGACCUCUGACGAUGUGUACGCGGUCUAAAAGUUUUCCAAAUAGUGUUACGUUUUAUUAACGCACGCCUACACAUUCGUCAGGCGUAAUAAAUAGUGAUGUCAAUAUAGUUAGUAGAUUUAACUAGAAUUAGGAAUUAUUUAUUUGUAAAAUAUAGUUUACUCCAUUUCAUAAGUUGUUGUAAGUUUCUAAGGGCAUUAUUAUAACAUUUAUUUUUUAUAGUGGAUUUUUUAUACAUUUGUAAUACUGACGACUUCAGGUAACAAUUUGGCUAAAAUUAACUCCUGAAUUACUUCAUCCUUAUGAUACUCGAAUAUUGUUGUUUACCAUUUUUAUGAACUCAAAAUGAUACCGUGUUGCCUGAUUCGUUUUAUAAUUUACGCACUCAAAUUAUUUUCUAACAUAAAACAUGUAUAUUCACCCUCAAAAACUUAAGUGUUGCUCUCAAUUCAGGAUGGCUGCUAAAAAAACGGUGUGAUACUCAAAAGAUAUUUGUUUUCUUUUGCGAUAUUGUAAUGGAGAUAUUUAUUUAAUUGUAUUAUAUUCAUAUUUUCGAGCUGAACUGUAAAUAUACGCUAGAAACUGUUAAUAACGAUUGAUUUAUAUUGUCGAUCGUUUAAUACUCAGUAAAGUUUAAGUAUGAUGUUAUAAACUUUAGAGCAACAUAUAAAGUUUGUAAAAUUGUAUCAUAUUUAUUUUAUUAAAUAACAAAAAAAUAUACAUAAAAUAGGGUACAUAACGUGAGCAUAUCGUUAUUAGUAAUAAAUCUAAAAAAAGUCCAACAUUCUGAAAGAAAAUAAAAGCAGUUGCAGCAAGAACAACAAUUAAUCUUGAUGUAAAUUGCUUGUUUUAAUUGCAACUGCGCACAAUUUCGUGUUUUGUAUUAAUUUUGAAACUUUUAAGUCCAUACAAAAUUGUAUACUGAAAGUUUUGCAAUAACUGGAAUUGCUGUUAAGGAACAAAAAUGCAUGUGUAAAUUUUUUGAUACUGGACCAAUACCGUUUAACCAGAAUAUUAAUUCUUACUGCCAAUUAUUUAUAAUAUGUAAGGACACAAAUGGUUUUUAAUUUAAAAUCGACGUCAUAUCUAAUAAAUCUCUACUGUUAGAAUUGUUUUGUACUUGUAGAAGUCUAGAAAAAAAUUCUUCUUGUGAUACUUGCACUAACGAUUAUUGAAUAUUUUCCCUUAAUAUAACUUUAAAGCUACUAGUAAUAAUUAAAUAUAUAAAACUACCCCUUGAAGAAGAAUUUUAUUUCAAGAUAAACAAUAUUGAAAACACGGUUUUGUUUAAACUCAAUUAAGUACUUUUACCAGUGAUUGAUUUUGGUACCAUAAAAGUAAAAUCAAACUUUCAAUUGAAUGUAAUAUAUUAAAUUAGUAGUUUGGAGACAAAUUGAACUAAGCCUAAUUUUUAUGGUGGCAAAAGUUAAUCAAACUGUAUAUAAUUCACGUGUCCCAACUAUAAUAGCAUGUUACAGAGUAGUGUUGUGAUAUAUAGCUUAUGUAUAUAUUAUUAAAUGUAAAGCCAUAUAUCCAAAAGGAAAAUAUCAACUACAAUCUCAUUCGCGGUUUGUAUUUGACAUUUUCCAUUUUAUAAUUUUACUGAUACAGUUACAAAUGUAAAUUACUGUUAUUCCCUGUAAAAUAUUUCAGAUUAGAAAGUAAAUGUCAAUGACUUAAGUUAAUAAAAAACUUAUAACUAUUGUAUGUUCAUAUAGUUUUUUUAAUGAAUGUAAUUUAUUUACAGUAUCUUCAUUUAGAAUCUGCACUUUCUUCCACCUUUACUCUCUAUAAAUAAAAUCAAUAUUU